AUGUUAGUACUCUUAUUUGAAGAUGGGCUUUUGGAGCCCCAAUUCAAUUUGGAACCCCAAAUCAAAAGAAAUAACUUUGAAUGCGGCCUCCACGAUGAGCUGGAAACGCUGCUGCAGCGAGCCGAACGCAUUGCCCGAGAGGCCAACCGAGGUGACAUCGAAGGCAGAUGUUGGACUUCAGAAGAGAGUCUCAGUGGCAAGGUUUUCAAGACCUGCACACUGCCAGUUCUGCAACCAACCCAUCAAGAAGAAGAGCGGGCAGCCUACGCACGAAAAGCACUGCACCCAGAGGCCACCGGACUGGCAGCCGCCAGACCCGAAGCGGAGACGGCACUGGCGUCUCGAGAUGUGACUGUCAGAUCCGUGACGCGGAAAGGUUCCUGGUCUGCUACCUGGACUCCAGGUGACCUUCGGCACGCGUUGCUGGGUUGGUCCUACGAAGCGCCGGUGGUUGACACCAAGACCUUCAAGUUGCAGCCCAACCAGGAGGCCUGUCUCCAAUUGCAAGCGCCUUUCCGUGGAGUGCCCAAGCUGGCCACACUCUGGACCCUCGUCGACAAAGUCGGUAUCAGGUCGGUCACCCUGCAGGGUCGCGAGAAGUCGACCAACGCAGCACUGGGUGCAGCCCUGACGUCGCCCUCACCGGGGGUCACUGACCCAGGAGUUCAUCGUUUUCAACUACGAGAGUGGCCGGUCUUAGAAGCUGGGACCCUCUUCUUCUUUUGUGUCUCUACUGGAGAUGUUAAACAGCUCCUGACUGACAGCAGUGCAUCCAAAGCCUUUCUCCACUUGCCCUUGACCAACGUGGCAGCGGCCUCACAGGAUGAAGCCGGGUGGAUGAUUUUGCGAGAAGAUGGCAAGGUGCCUCCUCUCUAUCAUGUGCGGCUCCUGUUAGCACCUACCAGCGUUGACUGCUGGAUGGUGCUGACGCCAGACAUGGACUCCUAUGAGGUGUAUGGUUUUGCUCCAAUGGAUCCUGGCUCACUGGCGCGUCACUUGGCAGAUGGACGUGUUGCGGCCAACAUCAUUCGAGCUGGUUUGGGUAUGGCUCCAUUGGCAGCUGGCGGACCGGCACCUUUACCGGCGGCUCCUGCGCCUCCUGCACCAAUUGCCCCAGCUGCUCCACCAGGCCGUAAGAAAGGGGAGAUCAUUUGUGAAGAUCCGAAUCCACUUCCAGUAGGGCAUGUGCUCAUGGGCAACAAGGCUCUUGUGCCUGGUCCUGGUGGUGCGGAUGCUUGUUUUGUCAAGAAGGUGUCGCGGGCUGAAGUGGCGCGCUAUGCCUUGGAUGAUCUUCGAAUUUUGCCUGUGGUUUUUGAUGGUCAAGGAGUGAGGCGAAGAGAAUUUAGUGAUGCGGUUGCUUCCAUGAAAGAUGGUGUGCCUCAGGGUGGAGGCCUUCAAUUGGAUGGUCCCACCUCAUCACUCAAUUUGGUCAAGAGCAUGCGAGAUCAGAACCUGACCCCCACCACCUUUCACGAGUACUGGUUGAGGUCUGCCGAGAUUCCGAAAGGAGACCGAAGCACAUAUGAGCAUGAAUGUUUGAGUCGAAUCCUGGAGUCAUUGAUCACUGUGGACCAGCUCAACAUCUGUGCCCUGCAGGGUGCCGAGUUGAUCUGCCGUCGACUUCAAGUGAUCAGAGAAGCUCAUCGCAUCUCUCCGAGUUCCCCAGAUUACUCAUCAGCAGAUCACUUCAUGGGCUGGAAGUGGCGACGUUCAGCACAGGGCGUCGACAUGCAGCUGGCAUCACAUGUGGCUCAGGCUCUUAAGGAUGAGGCAGCCAUUGCGAAGGAGGCACGAAAGAGGCACGAAAGGCUCGUGAAGAGCAAUCCAUGCGCCGCAAAAACCCUGGGAAAGGUGCUCAGGGUGGAGGCGGCGGUGAUCAAAAAUGAGUGGUGGACAGCAGCUGGGCUUUGCUCCUCGGUUUCUUCAAAGAGACGGAGCAUCAAGGUGCAGAAGAAGGUGAUGGAUGAUCGAGGUCGAGAACUUGUCAAGGAUCCCCUAGCUUUUAUGCUGCGAGACAGUGAGGAGUGGGGGGAGAUGGUUGAGCAUGAUGAAACCUUCCAGCCAUACAUGGACCCGCGGCUCCAGGCCGAUUCGGCACUCUAUGCCGUGUUCAUCAAAGAUUUGGUGGACAAGGGCAUGUUCGAUUUUACCUUGAGGCUCAACGUGGUCACAACUGGAAGUGCCUUCAGGAAGAAAUCGUUGCCAGGCUACGACAUCAUGGCUUCCGAGUCCAUGAAGAGACAGAGGUGUUUGGAUGGUUGGCUACGCGUCCUCGCGUCAAUGGCAAGGCGGUUGAACGGCUGUUGGGACAUGCAGUUCAUUUUGCUAUGUGUGGCCGUGUGCUCACGCGACUUGCCAGUGAGAGAGGUUGCGAGGCAUGGCCGUGUUAGGGAAACUUGGCGUUAUGUCAGUGGAAAUCCGGUGAGACCUCGCGAAGUUUUGGUUGAAACUGGUGACCCUUUUAGUGAUCCCAGCACUGUCAAGCCUUUGGCAGUGAAGCGUAGUGAUCCCUAUGAGCUCAACUUUGAUUUUCCUGACAUAGAAGAAGAUGUUAUGCAAAAAGAUCAGUGGGCCGAGUGUUUUGCUAUCCAUAUGCAACAUGCUGAGCACAUCACUCUUUUGGAAGACAUGCUGCUGGCGGAAGCGCCUUCCAGAAAGAGGAAGCCGCAGGUCCAGUUGGUGCAAGGCCUGCUGAUGGCCGAUCCAGAUGCUCCCCACAACAAACGUAUGACAAGAGACAUGCCCAAGAAGUCGCUCAACAUGACCCGCGAAGAAAAGAAGACCAUGAGACAGCAGCUGAAACAACAGUGUCAGCGACCGAAACGUUUCCAAAAUCAGACUUUUCUGGAGACUAUGGCUGUUUCACAGCCGGUGGCCGAAGACUACCACCGAAGAAUGCAGAGCUUCUUUCAGUUCCUGAGGAUGAUGAAGAUGCCCCAGGUCAGCUUGAGAAAGAACACACAGAAGUUAGACGAGGCCUGCAACUGCUUCAUGAAUUACAUGUUCGAUCAAGGCUUCGAACUGGCAGAAGGCACAAAGUUCCUCGCAGCCGUGUGCGACACGUUCCCAGGCUGUGGCCCCAAGCACAUUCUAGCCCGGACCAGACGGUCCCUUCAAGGGUGGCUGAAGUUGGAGCCUCAACGAACCAGACCGCCUCUGCCUUGGGCCUUGGUUGCAGCCAUGACUAUGCACAUGAUGAAACGCCAUCAAUUGCAUGCGGCAGCAGCAAUCCUCCUCAGCUUCACAGCAUAUCUCCGACCAGGAGAAGUGUUGGACCUCAGAAAAACAGACCUGGUGGCGCCGAUGCCAAGACAGGAGCACUGGUCUUUGCUACUGCAUCCUGCAGAGCGGCAAGAAAGAUCCAAGGUGGGCUUGGCAGACGAAAGCAUCCUCCUGGAUUCGCCGCUGCUUCCAUGGUUGGGCCCAGCUCUGAACAGGCUGCAGACCCCAAACAACUUUCUCCUGAGCUUGACCUACUACGACUUGGUCCAAGCGUGGCAGGGCGCUCUCAAAGCCUUGGGACUGGCCAAGGACCAUGCAGUGCUAUAUCAACUAAGGCACUCAGGUCCCUCACACGAUCGCUUCUUCAAGUUGAGACCUCUGACAGAAGUGAAACAACGCGGACGAUGGGCCGCCGACUCAACGGUCCGAAGAUACGAAGCACAUGCCAGACUGAACCAAGAGUUCAACGAUCUGCCGAAACAUGUUCAGAACAAGGCGCAACUUGCGGAGCAGGAGAUAGUGAAGGCGGGCCCAAAAUUUUUCGGCCUGUGA